AGCAGCAGAGUAGCAGAGGAGGAAGCAGCGGGGAUGGCGGAGGCACACCUCUGAAGAAAAUAUAGGACGGUUUAAAAAACAAAAAAACACACAUCUUGUUGGACUUUGCAGCCUGAAAGAACUUCUCUCUGAAGGUCCAGGGAUUGUAUGCAGUUCAAAGCUCAAGCAUGUGGCCCAUAUAUACCCCAAAUGACCUACUUCAAAGGAUUAUUUCUCUCAUGGCCUUUUAGCAAAGGAACACAGCAUUACAAGUAUACCAAAAAAAAGAAAAACAAGACAGACCUUUGGAUGACAGAGAUUUUAUUUCUAAGGUAACUCUAAAUGUUUUGGCUUGCAUGGGGAUGUUUUCUUUAGAAGUCUCCUUCACUGUCUGUGUCCCUUUAUUUCUAAAUAAGUAACCUGACGAAAGAGUCCCAUGAGCAACUCUGCUGGUGGACCAAUAACGUCAACAUGAGUAGUACUUUAGGCAAAGAAAAAGAUUCUAAAGAAAAGGACCCCAAAGGUGGUCCAGUGGGUAAAGAAAGGGAAAAAGAGGCUAAGGCUUUGGCCAGCUUAGUCAAAGAUGGUGGCAAAGACACGAAGACCAAAGGGAAAGAAGCCAAAGACGGAAAGAAGGACACAAGCAGCUCGACACCGGGUGUUGCCUUUUCUGUUGACAAUACAAUAAAACGGCCAAACCCGGCACAAGGUACACGCAAGAAAUCAAGUAAUGCAGAGGUUAUCAAAGAGCUUAAUAAAUGUCGGGAGGAGAACUCAAUGAGACUGGACCUAUCGAAGCGGUCUAUUCACAUGCUACCCACCUCUAUUAAGGAACUGAGUCAGUUGGCAGAACUCUACUUGUAUAGCAACAAGCUACAGAGCCUACCAGCAGAGGUGGGUUGCCUGUCAGGGCUGGUCACUCUGGCCCUCAGCGAAAACUCCUUGACUAGUUUGCCCGACUCCCUGGACUCAUUGAAGAUGCUUCAAAUGCUUGACCUCCGGCACAACAAGCUCAGAGAGAUACCUGCAGUUGUCUAUCGACUGACAUCCCUGACCACGCUGUACCUGCGCUUCAAUCGCAUCACAACAGUGGAGAAGGACAUCCGAAACCUGUCUAAACUCACCAUGCUAAGCAUCCGUGAGAACAAGAUUAAACAGCUACCGGCAGAGAUAGGGGAGCUAUGCAGGCUCAUUACUCUGGAUGUUGCCCAUAACCAGUUGGAACAUCUUCCGAAGGAGAUUGGAAAUUGCACACAGAUAACCAACCUUGACUUGCAGCACAAUGAGCUGUUGGACCUCCCAGAGACUAUAGGUAAUUUGGCAAGCAUUAAUCGCUUGGGUCUGCGAUAUAAUAGAUUGUCAGCCAUUCCCAGGUCAUUAGCCAAAUGUAGAGAACUGGAGGAGCUAAAUCUUGAAAACAACAACAUCUCAGUGUUGCCAGAGGGCCUGCUGUCAAGUUUGGUAAACCUGACAAGUCUAACACUGGCGAGAAACUGUUUCCAAUCUUACCCAGUUGGUGGACCAUCGCAGUUCUCCACCAUCUACUCUCUCAACAUGGAGCACAACUAUAUCAACAAGAUCCCAUUUGGUAUCUUCUCCAGGGCCAAAGUGCUAAGCAAGCUUAACAUGAAGGACAACCAACUAACAUCUUUACCAUUGGAUUUUGGAACGUGGACCAGCAUGGUUGAACUUAACCUGGCCACCAAUCAGCUGACCAAGAUCCCAGAAGACGUCUGUGGUCUUGUCUCUCUGGAGGUGUUAAUAUUGUCCAAUAAUCUUCUCAAGAAGUUGCCGCAUGGUAUUGGGAAUUUGAGAAAGUUGCGAGAGCUUGACUUGGAGGAAAACAAGCUGGAAUGUCUACCAAAUGAAAUCGCUUACCUUAAAGAUUUACAGAAAUUGGUGUUGACCAAUAAUCAGCUGACUACGUUACCCAGAGGCAUUGGACACCUCACCAACCUGACCCAUCUGGGUUUGGGGGAGAACCUUCUACAACACCUUCCUGAGGAGAUUGGCACGUUGGAGAAUUUGGAGGAACUGUACCUCAACGACAACCCUAACCUUCACAGCCUCCCAUUCGAGCUGGCCCUCUGCAGCAAGUUGUCCAUAAUGAGCAUAGAGAACUGUCCCCUCACACACCUGCCGCCUCAGAUUGUGGCAGGAGGCCCCUCUUUCAUCAUCCAGUUCCUGAAGAUGCAGGGACCGUACCGUGCCAUGGUCUGACCUCGGAGCAGCUCGGUGCCAGUCCUGCAUACCUUCCACCUGCUCUCUCAGCACCCUCUUGCCUGCCUGCCCCUGUUAUGUGUAUCAUACACUGUAAAGAAAAGGGACUCGCCACGGUUAGUGUCAGUGGCAAGGAAGGGGGAGGUUUAUGAAGAUGUUUUGUUCUCUACUUCUGGGCAGAAGCAAAGCAAAUGUUUUUCGAGACUUUACUCCUGUGCUCCUCUACAGUUGAUCAGUCAGUUUAGGACCCCAGUCACCAACCCCAUUCAUCCUCCAUCCCAAAUCAUACAAGAGGAAAAUAUCUCCACCUGUUUUGCCAAAAUUGUGUGUGCGUGUGUGUGUAUAUUUAUAUUUAUAUAUAUAUACAUACAUGCAUAAACAUAAAGUGAGCUAAAGGGCAAGAUUUCAAACGUUUAAACCAUGCUCCCAUUGCCAAUGUACUUACAGUAAUUAUCACAUCUAUUAUGUGAGCAAGGAUACAACUGUAUGCAAAAACAAACAAGUCUUUGGAACUUCUCAUUUUCUGCUGCUGCCAUACUUUCAACCUUUGUCAUCUUGUGCUUUCUUUAAUAUUUUUAAACAUCAUUUUCCCAGGUCAUAACUUGUGUUAAUUGCUUUUUGACCAUAGAGAACAAAGGUCUAAUGAUGGUGUACAGGUUAUGAUUAUUAUAUAUAUAUUUUUUUUGUUUUUCUCACUUAAUUUUUUUUCCUUUUUUUUUUUUUUACCUUAAAUGUUUAAAAAAAUACUGUGCCUAUGUUUAGAGUGAUCCAGUGGUUCAUUUCUAAACAAAUUUCUUCAUGAAAAUACAAAGAUAUAAAUUAUUUCAAAUACUUUAUCACUGCUGUUUUUUUUUUUACUUUUUAGUUUUCUUACUUGGUUUAAGUGUUGCUGUUGCAUUAAUCUGUCUUGCAAGCGAUUUCAAUUUUAAAAUAUGACUAUUUGAGAUCGCUUUUAAAAAAUAGCAGCAGAAUUUGUUCAACAUGGAGCAAGACUUGUAUAGAUAUGAGGAAUACCAACAUACAUUCUUGGGAGGACAGCUUGGACCUUUUCUUUUUUUCUUAAUUUUUUUGUUUUUGUCCCCCCAAAAAUGGGUGGUGAGGUGUCUCCCUGUACGUUGAUUAUGUGCAUCAAAAAACUAUUCGAAAAAAAAGUCAAAUAGGUGAUGGAAUAAAUUAUAGAUGUUUUUAUAUAUGUAUGCAAUUUAUGGUUGUUGCCUUGAGUGCAAUUUUUAGUUAUGUUUACUUGUUUGAUAUUAUCUCCAGUGUUGGUCUUCUUAUCUGUCAUCCAGUUGAUCAUUGACCAACAUAUCAAGUGUUGUUUUUUUUUUUUUUUAACACAUUUUCUCUGCUCUGGAGCAAGUAGUAAGUGUAUCAGAGCUUCAAAAAUAUUUGAUAAUAAAAUCUUGACAGGUAA